CUUGGGCUCGUGACGAUGAUGUUGCUCCACGGCACAGUUGUGCUGCUGCUGGCCGCAGCGGCAACGGUGACGUUGGCAACAGGUAGCCAGAACCAGAGUCAUAGCCGCCUGCACCACAACGGACAUCGAGUGCAUCGACAGCGUCAUCUGCACAACGCUGUCAAGUCGGAGGUGGAGCUGCUGCCGGGCGUGUCAAUGCCCCCAAUGGCCGGUCGUGGCACGGAGAACACGCGUCUGCGUCGCCUGCACCACGCGCACCACCCAUACAACAAGGUGUUAACGCGUCGCCUCCAUCAGCGGCCCACCGAGUGGGAUUACAAUACAUACAACAUUUAUACAAACACCUUUGGGCCGCCGCCACCGCCGGUGCCCGUCUCGCCGUACGCCGGCAAGGGCGAGGACAAUACGGGCGAUGUGGAGUUCAUCGGCGUCACCGGGCGGGGGCGUGGCAAUGAGUAUGUGCCGCCAAUUACGACAGCAGCGCCGCCGCCGAAUCUCAAUCGCCGCGCAGCCACGCCGGGCCUAAGCAUGGGCACCGUGCCGCCGCUGGUGCCGGCGCGACGUGGCUACAGCUAUACAACCACAGCGCCCAGCACCACCAGCAAUGCCAGCAACACCAGCAGCGGCCCCACCACGGAGGAGCCCUACGAGACGAAUACAAUCAGCCGCAAUUAUCCCACAGAUGCCAAGGAAAUGGAGCGGCGACACAUUUGCGUGCAGCAGCGCACCAUCACGAUGCCGGUGAAGACGACGGAGGUGUACACGCGGCCCACCUGGAAGCACAUCAGCACGCCCUGCCAGCCGCCCACGCAUCCCGGCCAGAUGUGCACCCGCGUCCAGCUGGUCCACGAGCAGGCCUACCGGGAUGUCAUCAAGCACAAGCCGGCGCAGCAGCUCAGCUAUGAAUGCUGUGCGGGAUGGAGUCGAGAGACGCCAAGAGCGGAUGCGUGCAAGAAACCUGUCUGCACCACGCGCUGUCAGAACGGCGGCAAUUGCACGGCGCCGCAGACGUGCAGCUGUCCGGCGGGCUUUACGGGUCGUUACUGCGAGCAGGACGUGGACGAGUGCCAGACGGAGAAGCCGUGCGAUCAGCAAUGCGUGAACACCCAAGGCUCGUACUACUGCCGCUGCCGGCAGGGCUUCGUGCUGCAAGCCGAUCAGCAGAGCUGCCGGAAGAGUUCCUCGCAUGCGGACGAUGCAUUCGAGGCGCGGGAUCUGGAGAACGAUAUUGAUGAUACAGACGCAGAGGUGGUAAGCAGGCUGCAGAAGAUCGAGAGAUCGCUGGCCAACGAGCGCAUCCACACAAAUGAGCUGCAAAAGUCACUGCAGGCCACCUACAGUGUGGUGGACACACUGAAGAGUAGGCUGAGCACACUGGAGAAGCAAGCGAUGGAUGUGAAUCGUAUGCAAACGAAUCUCUAUAAAACAGAAUCGCGCACCAACAAGCUGGAGAGCAUGAUAAAUCUAUUAUUCAAAUCAAACGCACCCAAUGCCAAUUGCCCAUGAAAUGAGGGGAGCGCGGGGAUGAUGACCUGAUGUGCAUUUUAUUUUAGUUCUAAUUUAAGCUAAACCAUAAUCAUAAUGUGUUUGUCUGUAGCUGCUCCUGCUUGUAAGCCAUUCCCCAACGCAAGUGCCUCCGUAGCUUUUAAAGAAAA